GUGCUGGGAUGGCUGGAGAAGGUCGCACUUCGCAGCUGAGCUGAGGGAGGCGUGAAGCAUCAUCCAUCCCCUGCUGACAUUUGAGAAUUAGAGUUAUGGAUCUUCGGCAUCUGCUGUUUACUUUGGCGCUGGUCUGUGCAAAUGACUCACUUUCUUCAAGUGAUGAUCUUCUACGAUGGCCACAAAUCAGCAAGUGCAGAUCACCUGAACUGGAGACAUUUUCAUGUUAUUGGACUGAUGGAAAUUUGUAUAACCUCACUGCUCCAGGAACAAUACAACUGUUGUACAUGAAAAGGAAUGAUGAAGACUGGAAAGAAUGUCCUGAUUAUAUCACUGCAGGAGAAAAUAGCUGUUAUUUCAACACAUCCUACACCUCUAUAUGGAUACCAUACUGUGUUAAGCUUGCCAAUAAAGAUGAAGUAUUUGAUGAAAAAUGUUUCAGUGUUGAUGAAAUAGUACUACCUGAUCCCCCUGUCCACCUUAACUGGACUCUGCUAAAUACUAGUCAAACUGGGAUCCAUGGGGAUAUCCAAGUAAGAUGGGAUCCACCACCAACAGCAGAUGUUCAGAAGGGAUGGAUUACUCUGGAGUAUGAGUUGCAGUACAAAGAAGUUAAUGAGACAAAAUGGAAGGAGUUAGAACCCAGGCUCUCAACAAUGGUUCCACUGUACUCUCUGAAGAUGGGACGAGAUUAUGAGAUACGAGUCCGAUCAAGACAACGUACCUCCGAAAAAUUUGGGGAGUUCAGUGAAAUCCUCUAUGUAUCUUUUUCUCAAGCAGGCGUUGAAUUUGUUCAUUGCGCUGAAGAAAUUGAGUUUCCAUGGUUCCUAGUUGUUAUCUUCGGAGCAUGUGGGCUGGCUGUAACGGUGAUCUUAAUCCUGUUGUCUAAACAACCAAGGUUAAAAAUGCUGAUUUUUCCUCCUGUGCCAGUUCCAAAGAUUAAAGGGAUUGACCCAGAUCUCCUGAAGAAAGGAAAGCUAGAUGAAGUGAACUCCAUCUUAGCCAGCCAUGACAGCUACAAGACACAGCUAUACAAUGAUGACUUGUGGGUCGAGUUUAUUGAGCUGGACAUAGACGACUCCGAUGAAAAGAACAGAGUCUCAGACACCGACAGGCUCCUGAGUGAUGAUCGUCUGAAAUCACACAGCUGCUUGGGAGCAAAGGAUGAUGAUUCUGGACGGGCCAGUUGUUGCGAACCAGAUAUUCCAGAGACAGACUUCAGUGCAAGCGACACGUGUGAUGCCAUCUCUGAUAUCGAUCAGUUCAAAAAGGUAACUGAUAAAGAAGAAGAUCUCUUGUGCCUUGACAGGAAAGAUGAUGACGAGUCCCUUCCAACUCUUGCUGACGCAGACGCCCAGCAGCCACAUACCAAUACGCAGUCUGAACGCAGCGAGUCGUGGCCACCUUUUGCAGACAGCAGCGACUCAGCUAGUCCAUCAGUCCAUACCCAGCUCAGUAACCAGAAUUCCUUGACAAACACUGACUUCUAUGCGCAAGUGAGUGAUAUUACUCCAUCAGGCAGUGUUGUACUUUCACCAGGGCAGAAAUCCAAGGUGGGGAGAGCACAGUGUGAAGGCUGCACAGAACAAAGCUUUGACAUGGACAGUGCCUAUUUCUGCGAGGCAGAUGUGAAAAAAUGUAUUGCUGUGACUUCCCAGGAAGAGGAUGAGCCGCGUGUGCAGGAGCAAAGCUGUAAUGAGGACGCUUACUUCACCACAGAAAGCCUUACCACUACUGGUAUCGGUCUUGGGGCUUCAAUGGCAGAAACCCCAGGUCUGGAGAUGCCUGUCCCAGACUAUACUUCUAUCCAUAUAGUUCACUCUCCACAAGGCCUUGUGCUCAAUGCAACUGCACUGCCUGUGCCAGAGAAAGAAUUCAACAUGUCUUGUGGCUAUGUGAGCACAGACCAGCUGAACAAAAUCAUGCCGUAGCUCUCCUUUGACUAGGUGUGUGCAGUAUUUCACAGCAGAGAGUCAGCUUGGGCUUGUAUGCUGAAACCAAAAUGAAGUCUAAACGUUUCUCGUGGUUCUUAUAAUUUUAUCUCAAGUGUUGAAGCAUAAAAUAUUCAUCAAAAUAUUCCUAUUGUUCUGUAAAUAUUAUCUAUGAAUUUGUCUUGAGACUGUUUUACUAGCCGUGACUGUCUUGUUCUCGUGGGUGUUGAUUUUUGUGAUACUGAACAUUGAAAUGACUAUGUUUAAUGUACAGUAAAUCAUGCUUUUCGAUAAAGCUAAAAAUCAGGUGGUCUAAAGUCUAAGAAUUUAGUAAAAAUCAAAUGCUGUUGACAGAGAUCUUUAUAUCAAUAAUUGGGAACUGAGCAUAGGUUAAAAAAAAAAAGUAAUUUGAAUAAAACAUUUAUUUUGAUCUAUGUAAAUUAAUAAAAUGUAUUUUAAUAUUUUAGUC